GCUGGCUGCGCUUGGGGCCCGCCCUGGCGCGGCUGCCGCCGAGGGGGUCGGCUGGGAGUGCGGCGGGCGAACAGGGCCUCGAGUUGCAGCCCGGGCCGCCGGAGUCGGGAGGGGUCAGGAUGGCGUGAACGGCCUCUCUCCAGCUCUCUACCUCGCUGGUUCCGAGUCCGACUAAUUAGCUAGCUUCCGUCAUUCAUCAACACGCGUUUAUUGGGCAUCUCGAAAGCGCCAGGCCACGUGCCAAAGCCGGGAUGUUGUUGCCGGCAGGGGCCGCAGCCCCGGGCUCAGACGAAAACGGGGGAACGAACUAGUCCCGGGAAGGGUCAGGGGGAUGCCGAGACGAACGCGUUUAUGGAAGAUCGGGGCCGUUUUCACAGACGGGGGCACUUGGACCCAUAAGGACGCCCUCUCGGCCACUUCGGCUGUACUGUGGGGUCUUGGCCCUCACAGGGGCGCAGGCCGACUAAUUAGGAGAACCACUGGCGGGGUCGUGCCCUCAGCCGGGGAAGGCUCUCAACCGCAAACAUAGGCAGAAAGGAAGACGUCACGCAAGGCGCUAAGCUCUCAGAGCUUGCCCGCGCGCCGUCGGGACGUGCGGGGCGGGGCCACGUCGGGGGCGGGCCAGGUGCAAUCCAGCCCUCCUCAGCCGGAACGCAGGAACGCGGAGCCACGGGAAGGCCGGACCUUUGCGCGGCGCACGGCGGGACGGACAGCCAAGGGUGUGCGCCCGGAAGCAGCCGGUCGGCUGCCAGAGGGGCCAUGGCUGUCGCAGCGCUGAGAGUUUCCGCCCGCGCUCUGCGCUCGGGGAGCUGGCUUCUGGGAACUUGGCAGACACAGAUUAGAGACACCCACCAGCGAGCUUCAUUAUUUUCCUUCUGGGAAUUCAUUCCCAUGAGAGCGGAACCUCUGAGAAAGAAGAAAAAGGUAGAUCCUAAAAAAGACCAAGCAGCAAAGGACCGUUUGAAAAAGAGAAUCAGACGACUGGAGAAAGCUAGCCAGGAGCUAAUCCCCAUUGAAGAUUUUAUAACACCUGUGAAGCUCUUGGAUAAAGCAAGACAGCGGCCUCACAUGGAGCUUCCUUUUGAGGAGAGUGAGCGGAGAGCUCUGCUUCUGAAGAAGUGGUCCCUGUAUAAGCAUCGAGAGCAUGAGAUGGAGAGAGAUGCCAUCAAGUCCAUGCUUGAGGCCCAACAGGAAGCUCUGCAGGAGCUGCAACUCCUGUCCCCAGAGCUACAUGUGGAGGCCACCAAGCGGGACCCCAAUUUGUUCCCCUUUGAAAAAGAAGGGCCAGAUUACACACCACCAGUCUCCAACUACCAGCCCCCUGAAGGCAGGUACCAUGACAUCACCAAGGUGUAUACACAGGUGGAGUUUAAGAGGUAGAGCUGCAGGCUGCCUUUAGAGCCAGAACAGGACUCAAGCACGUUGUGAAUAAAUGUUUAAUCAAGUGUC